AUGGUCGCGGAUCUUCUGGAACAUGCAGUCUCAAACUCGGCUUCGAGACUGGACCUGACGAUGGCAUGCGAUGGACUAGAAUUGCGACGCGUUGAAUGGCCUAUUCCUCAAAGCGAGAAAGUCUUGGGGUCCAAGUCGUCUCGUUACACAGCCUGUUCAAGUCCGCAUUCGACCAAGCAAGCUGAGCUCGAGCAAGCCAAAAAAAAAAAGGUUUCGAACAAGUUCGUGCGGCUGAACCCGCAGAUGGCUUUGACCCACGAAUUUAAAGUAGAGGUCAGUUGUUGCGAUUCUGCGCUCGUCGACCACAACAUGUUGAGAUUGCAGAUUCCUUGUCGCUAUCAUCCAAUCAAAGGCAAGAUGGCCGAGCGGUCUAAGGCGCUAGCUUCAGGUGCUAGUCAAGUAAUUGGCGUGGGUUCGAAUCCCACUCUUGUCAAGUUUUUGCCCAGAUCUCAUGAAGGUGUCUCUGGAGAUAAUUCAUUUUUGUCAAGAUUGGAAAGGCAUGAUGCCAAAGGCACAUUUCCAAACGAUUAG